UGGCGACAGACAGAGUUGCAGGAAAGCUGAGCUCUACUCUCUCAUGGGUGAAGAACACUGUAUCGCACACCGUCAGUCAAAUGGCUAGUCAGGUGGCAAGUCCAUCUGCCUCCUUACACACUACAUCCUCCUCUACCACUCUGUCCACACCUGCGUUAUCACCAUCCUCACCAACACAGCUGAGUCCAGACGACUUAGAAUUACUCGCUAAACUUGAGGAACAGAACAGACUCUUGGAAACUGAUAGCAAAUCCUUGCGAUCGGUAAAUGGGUCACGAAGAAAUAGUGGAUCUUCUCUUGUAUCUAGUUCAUCAGCUUCUAGCAAUCUCAGCCAUCUUGAAGAAGACUCAUGGAUCCUGUGGGGGAGGAUUGUGAAUGAAUGGGAAGAUGUACGGAAAAAGAAAGAAAAGCAAGUUAAGGAGCUUGUUCGAAAAGGAAUACCUCAUCAUUUCAGAGCAAUUGUUUGGCAACUCUUAUGCAGUGCUCAAAGCAUGCCAAUUAAGGAUCAGUAUUCAGAGCUUUUGAAAAUGACAUCUCCUUGUGAGAAAUUAAUAAGAAGGGACAUUGCUAGAACAUACCCUGAGCAUGAUUUUUUUAAAGAAAAAGACAGCCUUGGACAGGAGGUCUUGUUCAAUGUAAUGAAGGCUUAUUCUUUGGUGGAUCGUGAGGUUGGAUACUGUCAAGGAAGCGCUUUUAUAGUUGGAUUACUGCUUAUGCAGAUGCCAGAAGAAGAGGCGUUUUGUGUGUUUGUUAAAUUAAUGCAAGAUUACAGACUACGAGAACUCUUUAAACCAAGCAUGGCUGAACUGGGCCUUUGUAUGUACCAGUUUGAAUGCAUGAUACAGGAGCAUCUUCCAGAGCUUUAUGUGCACUUUCAGUCUCAGAGUUUCCACACUUCUAUGUAUGCAUCGUCAUGGUUUUUAACUAUAUUCCUUACAACUUUUCCACUACCAAUUGCAACAAGAGUAUUUGAUAUCUUUAUGUCUGAGGGUUUAGAGAUAGUAUUUCGAGUAGGUUUGGCAGUACUUCAGAUGAACCAAGCAGAGUUACUGCAACUUGACAUGGAAGGAAUGUUACAGCACUUUCAAAAGGUCAUUCCACAUCAGUUUGACAGUGGUCCAGACAAAUUAAUCCAAGCAUCUUACCAAGUCAAAUACAAUGCAAAAAAGAUGAAAAAGUUAGAAAAGGAAUACACUACAAUAAAGACAAAAGAAAUGGAAGAACAAGUUGAAAUUAAAAGGUUGCGAACUGAAAAUAGACUCCUAAAACAGCGCAUUGAAACAUUAGAAAAAGAAAGUGCUUCCUUGGCAGAUAGAUUGAUACAGGGACAAGUGACAAGGGCCCAGGAGGCUGAGGAAAACUACCUCAUAAAACGGGAGCUGGCCACCAUCAAACAGCAGAGUGAUGAGGCCAUUACUAAACUGGAGCAAGCUGAGAAUACCAUCAGGGAGCUCCAACAACAGCAGCAAUGGCAUAAAUGCAGUUCACGAUACAGUGAAGACUUUGUGCUACAGCUGGAAAAAGAGCUGGUCCAAGCCAGGCUGAGUGAAGCAGAAUCCCAUUGUGCCCUGAAGGAGAUGCAAGAUAAAGUUCUAGAGAUGGAAAAGAGGAACAGCUCUCUUCCUGAUGAGGAAAAUGUUGCUAGACUACAAGAAGAACUGAUUGCAGUAAAAUUAAGAGAAGCAGAAGCUCUGAUGGGUCUCAAAGAACUAAGGCAGCAAGUCAAAGAUUUGGAGGAACACUGGCAGCGUCAUCUAGCUCGUACCACUGGAAGAUGGAAGGAUCCUCCCAGAAAAAACACAGUGAAUGAGCUACAAGAUGAGCUGAUGACAGUCCGAUUGAGAGAAGCAGAAACUCAGGCUGAACUGAAAGAGACCAAACAAAGAAUGAUGGAAAUGGAAACACAAAAUCAGAUCAAUAGUAACCACUUACGAAGGGCAGAGCAAGAGGUUACCAACCUACAGGGGAAGGUACAAUAUCUUUCUGCACAGAACAAAGGACUUCUUGCUCAGUUGAAUGAAGCAAAACGUAGACAAGCAGAGAUUGAAUGCAAGAGUAAAGAAGAAGUGAUGGCAGUACGGCUCCGUGAGGCAGACCGCAUUGCAGCUGUGGCUGAACUCCAACAGCAUAUUGCUGAAUUAGAAAUCCAGAAAGAAGAAGGAAAAAUUCAAGGGCAGCUUAAUAAAUCUGAUUCUAACCAGUACAUCAGAGAACUGAAAGAUCAGAUAGCUGAGCUGCAUCAUGAGAUCAAAUGUCUAAAAGGCCAGAGAGACUUCUCAGACCAACCCACUUUUGAUGGGAUUCACAUUGUCAGCCAUUUCACAGGAGAUGAUGAAUCAUUUCAUUCUUCUGAUGAAGAUUUUAUAACUAACUCCAUACAGGACAGUGGGGUGAACUUUCAUCUACACAGGAGGACUGGUCAGAUGGCUUUGGAUCACACAGUUGUAGACAGCAGUGACAGUGAUACUGAGGAAGGUGUUCUUCAGACUGAGAAUUCAGACAAGAUGGUUUCCAAGCAAAGAAGAAUGGAAUCUUACUCUACUACUGUGUGA